UCCCCGGCCCAUUCACUCUGUUACACACUGGUGCAUUGCCAUGGCCAGGAACGGUGCUCACGUAGUGGCUGCGCUCCUUGGCCUCCUGGCACUUGCAUCAAUGGUGAGGAUGGCUUGUGGAGAUGGCGGCCAUGACUACGGCAUGGCACUGAAGAAGAGCAUCCUCUACUUUGAGGCGCAGCGGUCCGGCGUGCUCCCGCCUAACCAGAGGGUCACCUGGAGAGAAAGCUCUGGGCUCUUCGAUGGAAAGGCCAAUGGAGUGGACCUUGUGGGAGGGUACUACGACGCGGGAGACAACGUGAAGUUCGGUCUGCCCAUGGCGUUCACGGUGACCAUGAUGUCCUGGGGCAUCCUUGAGUACGGCAAGCAGAUGGCGGCGGCCGGCGAGCUGCGCAACGCCAUGGACGCCGUCAAGUGGGGCACGGACUACUUCAUCAAAGCCCACCCGGAGCCCGACGUGCUGUACGGCGAGGUGGGCGACGGCGACACGGACCACAGCUGCUGGCAGCGGCCCGAGGAUAUGACCACCAGCCGCCAGGCGUUCCGCGUCGACCCGCAGAAUCCCGGGUCCGACCUCGCCAGCGAAACCGCCGCGGCGAUGGCCGCGGCGUCACUCGUGUUCCGCAACACCUAUCCGGGAUAUGCAAACCUACUCCUUGAACAUUCUAAACAGCUGUUCGAGUUCGCCGACAAGUACCGUGGAAAGUACGACGCCAGCAUCACCGUCGCUCGGAACUACUACGGAUCCUUCAGCGGAUACGGAGAUGAGCUUCUGUGGGCGGCGGCAUGGCUGUACGAGGCGACGGAGGACAAGUACUACCUCGACUACCUGGCCAACAACGGAGACGCUCUGGGCGGCACGGGCUGGUCCAUCAACCAGUUCGGCUGGGACGUCAAGUACCCCGGCGUGCAGGUCCUGGCAGCCAAGUUCCUUCUUCAGGGCCGAGCCGGCGAGCACGCGGCGACGCUGCAGCGGUAUCGGCAGAACGCGGAGUUCUUCGUGUGCUCGUGCGUCGGCAAGGGCACGGCCAACGUGCCGCGGACCCCCGGCGGGAUGAUGUACCACCAGCAGUGGAACAACCUCCAGUUCGUGACCAGCGCGUCGUUCCUGCUGACGGUGUACGCCGACUACGCCACGGUGUCAGGUAAGGGCGCCGUGGGGUGCCCCGCCGGCGCCACGCGGCCGUUCGAGAUCCUCGCCUUCGUCCGGUCCCAGGUGAACUACAUCCUCGGCGACAACCCGCGGGGGACGAGCUACAUGGUCGGCUACGGCGGCAACUUCCCGCGGCAGGUGCACCACCGCGGCGCCUCCAUCGUGUCGGUCAGGACGGAUCCGUCCUUCGUCAGCUGCCAGGAAGGCUACUCGAGCUGGUACCCGCGGCAGGCCGGCAACCCCAACGUCCUGGAGGGCGCCAUCGUCGGCGGUCCCGACGAGUACGACGACUUCGCCGACGAGAGGAACAACUACGAGCAGACGGAGGCCGCCACCUACAACAGCGCGCCGCUGCUCGGCGUCCUCGCCCGCCUCGUCGGCGCCUGCGGCGGUCUGGAAGAAUACCAGUCCCUUCCGGAGGUGGCCACGAACCAGACAUCACUACCACCAUCUCAUCAUCACCGUCACGCGUCGUCUCCGAUCGAGAUCGAGCAGAACGUGACGAGGACGUGGGCGAUGAGGCGCGCGACGUAUUACAGGUACUCUGUCACGGUGACCAACAGGUCGAGGAAGACGGUCCGGGAGCUCCACCUCGGCGUCUCGGAGCUCCGCGGCCGGCUGUGGGGCCUCGACAAGGCGCGGUACGGGUACGUGCCCCCGAGGUGGCUGCCGGAGCUGCGCGCUGGCAGGAGCUUCAAGUUCGUCUACGUCCAGCCGGCGCCGCCGGCCAAUGUGUGGGUCACCGGCAACAAGCUGGUCUGAAGUCCGAUGUGACGGUGCUAUAGCCAGAAAUGGAGUUGGUUGUGCUGCGCGCAUUGCAAUUUGCAAUGUGGUUGUAUGGGAGGAUGGAGUGAUCAGAGACUACAGAUGAUGCGCAAGCGCUCAUCCUCGUCCUCCUAGAGUGUGUUUGGUUAGGUCGCGGAGGGAUUUGGAGAGAUGGAGAUGUAACUGUUCAUCCUCUUGAACCCCCUUUCAAGUUAUCAAAUGUUUUUAAGUAAAAGUUAGACGCACAAACGUAUGAACAUCGUACUCAAC